CAGCCUUUCAACUCCUGGCGCAUCCAAUUAACCAACUUUUUCUCUCAAUGGGCGACUUUGCCGAUUUUCUCCUCGGAUUAAAAUUACUGAUGUUUCUUGAAUCCUCACAUUCUAUCUAGACUAUGGGCAUCUAGCACGACAAACGUCCCCCCAAUGUUACAAUCGCCUACGCGGGCCAGGGCCCUUUGGGUCUGUGGCAGAUGCGCACGCGACUCGAUAUCCAGCCUUGCACAACAGGGCCAACGGCGAUGGCUUGCGGCUGCCUCGGAAACGUCUUCGGCUUUCCAUCCCGCUGAUCGCGGCCCGCCUGGAACGAAACAAGAUGAUGCCAUACUGCGGGAGCUUUUCGACUCGCCCUCUCGUACAUCGAGAGCGUUCAAGGCGAACCAGUCUCGGCCCAGUGCCGGCCUCUUCAAGAACCGAUACCUUACCAGCCCGCACGGUUUCCUCGUCUUCGCGAAUCGCAGUCUAGAGAAAGCCUCCGUGAUCGUCGACAAGGUCCUCACGGCCGCGUCUACGGAGGAGUACAGGGCGAUUGUCAAGGAUCUCGAUCGCCUGAGCGACCUGCUCUGCCGCGUCCUGGACCUCUCGGACUUUGUGCGCAUGACCCAUCCCGAUCCCCGGUUUCAGCAAGCAGCGUCCGAUGCCUGGGGCCUCGUGUACCAAUACAUGAAUCAACUGAACACCAUGACGGGGUUGAGCGAUCAGCUGGGCAGAGCCAUGCAGGACGAGAAUGUGGUCGCAGCUUGGUCGGAGGAGGAAAAGGCGGUCGCCGAGAUUCUGAAGCUGGAUUUCACAAAGUCGGCGGUCAACCUGCCGCAGAAGGAGAGGGAUCGGUUUGUGGAACUCUCGCAGCAGAUCAGCGAGGUCGGGUCGCGGUUCGUCUCAGAAAUGGCACCCGAGAAAAGAGAGGUCGUCUUGCCGUCGUCCAGCUUCUUCGGCUUGUAUCCGGGGAUCGCGAGGGCGCUUACCUCAAGAGGUCGGGUCCGUCUUCCCUCGGUUGGGCCGGAAGCCCAGGCUGGCCUGCGGAGUGUCAAGGACGAGCAGACUCGGAGAGCUGUUUUCAUCGCCAUGCGGACGGCUUCGCGCUCUACGAUCCGGAAGCUGGAGACCAUGUUGAAGCUCAGAUCCGAGUUGGCCGGUCUUUCGGGAUUCCAGAGCUAUGCGCAUCUAGCUCUGAAGGAUAGGAUGAUGGCCAAGAACCCGACGUCCGUGAUGCAGUUCCUACUCGCUUUGCAAGAGCAUAACAUGCCCAUCGUCCGACAGGAAAUGGACGAUCUUCUUCGUGUUAAACAAACCAGACUGGACAGCUCAGCCAGUGAAAUCCAAGCAUGGGACAAGGACUAUCUCAUGGAUGCCGUGCGGUCGGACAUGAGGAUGCAGGUUCGCCAUCCGGAUCAUCUGCACGCUUAUUUCUCCCUCGGCACCGUCAUGCAGGGGCUUUCUAGACUAUUCAACCGCCUGUACGGCAUUCGAUUCAUCCUCAGGGAGACGCUGCCGGGGGAGACAUGGCACGAGGACGUUCGACGGCUCGACGUCGUCACCGACACGGGAGACCUGAUUGCUGUGCUGUACUGCGAUCUCUUCUUCCGCGAGGACAAGUCGCCCAACCCGGCGCAUUUCACCGUGCGAUGUUCCCGCGAAAUCUCCCCGAGCGAAGUGGAAGAAGCCGCCGCCGACCUCAACACGGACGGUGCCGGCCCACGAUUCGAAUCGGCAGCGGAGGCUGCCAACGACGGCAUGGAAAGCUCGACAAUGGGGAGUGUGCUGAAGCAGCUACCUACGAUAGCACUCGUAUGCGACUUUCCCAAGCACGACGACCGGAAGAGCUCGACCCCGGCGCUGCUGUCCUUCUACCAGGUCGAGACACUCUUCCACGAGAUGGGACACGCCAUCCACUCGAUCCUGGCCCGGACGUCCCUGCAGAAUGUAUCCGGCACGCGCUGCGCCACCGACUUUGCCGAACUCCCCUCGACGCUGAUGGAGCACUUCGCCGCCGACCCGUCGGUGCUGGGCCUCUUCGCGCGGCACUGGGAGACGGACGAGCCGCUGCCCUACGAGAUGGUGGCCGAACGCAUCCGCCUGUCGAAGCGGUUCGAGGGCGCCGACACGGAGAACCAGAUCCUCCUGGCCAUGCUGGACCAGGCGUACCAUUCCCCCGAGGUCGGCGGCGCGGCCUUCGACUCGACCAGGGUCUACCACGGCCUGCAGAAGCGGUACGCCCAGAUGCCCCCGGACCCGCCCGAGACGUGCUGGCAGGGCUUCUUCGGCCACUUGCACGGCUACGGGAGCACGUACUACAGUUACCUGUUUGACCGGGUCCUGGCCGAGCGGGUCUGGCGGGUGGUUUUCAAGGCCGGUGCGGGGGGUGGCGCCAUUGACCGGGCGAACGGCGAGCGGCUGAAGGAGAAGCUCCUGAAAUGGGGUGGUAGCCGGGAUCCGUGGCGGUGUCUGUCCGAUACGCUGCAAGAUGAGCGGCUCGCUAGGGGAGACGAGAAGGCCAUGGCCAUUGUGGGCAGCUGGGGGAUUGGAGACGAGCAUCAUAUUUAAACGUGCCGAGACAAGGCCAUUCUCCGUGUAGAAUUAUAGAAAUGUUGGCCUGUAUACGUCUACCUGGCCAACUCGAUGUAUAAAUAUAGGGGUCCCUAGAUAACUUACCUUGGACAAUGAUGGUUAGACAUUAAACUGAAUGAAAGGGCUGACA